AUGACCCCUCAGGUCUAUCCCCCCGAAUAUGAGGAGGGUGUGGCAAAGGCCCCUUCUACGCCUGCAGACUCAACCAAGAAUAUUUCACUAUCAGUUCCAAGGUUUAUCAAUACUCUAGAAGUCAUCUCGUCGUUAUUGGUAGAUUCCAAAACGCAGUUUGCUUCUUCGUUGACCGGUUGGAUGCAUCUCGCGGUCUUCAACAAGGAUAAGAUCAGCGCCUACAUUCAUAAUAACUUUAAAAAAGACGAGUAUUACCUGGAGCUGGACGACAGAGACCGUCAAGGUGGUAUUAUUAUCCAAGGAUCUGUUGUUACGUUCAAUGGAGUGCUUCUCUGGGUCUUUUUAGUCCUUGGCUAUGUCCAUAACCAAGUGGCGAAGCAAGAAGAUACAAAUGAAAAAGUUGUCCAAGCUCUACCAUACUUUUUGUCGGUUGUAGAACGUUGUGUCCUCUUGGAAGAUCCUCAAAAACGAAUAAGAAAUCUUGUAAUGAGAGUACCAACGAUCGAGGUCUGA